UGGAAAAGAGAGAGAAAAGAAAAUCGUCGGGGCUGGGAGAUCGGAUACAGAAGCAAGUUGUGUGUGUGUGUGUGAGUGUGUGUGAGUGUGUACCUGGCGAUGUGCAAAUGGGUUUGGAGGUAUUAACGCGUGUCCUGGUGCUCCUCCUGGUUGCAUUUGGUGGGGUUCACCUGAGAUCUCCCAGUUGUCAUGAAGUCAGGACCGCCUUCCAACUUCGCCAGAUCGGACCUCUCAAGUUUGUGCCCGACAUCCCAGGCACCGAUGAGAAUUUACACAUCUGUCUACACAAGGGGCCAACCUGCUGCACAAAGCGGAUGGAGGACAGGUACCAAGUGGUGGUUCGCAGAGAAGUCCUACAGAACAUCCAGUCACUGAGCUUUGAACUGAAAUACAGGAUUUCACAGAAUAACAUAGCUUUUCAAGAAGCUUUUAAAUCCCUGAUUCGUACUGCGAAAAAUCAUACCAACUCCCUGUUUGAGAUGGUAUACAGAACAAUGGCAAAGGAGGCUAAGGAAGCAGUGACGGAGCUUUUCACCGACAUAUCUCUGUAUGUCCUGGACUCGGGAGAGAACAUAGAGGAUGUUGUUUUGCGAUACUUUGAUAGCCUCUUUCCACUGGUUUACAAUCGACUGAUACAUCCUGGCCUCACCGAGGUGUCCCAGGAGUACAUAGAGUGCCUGCGGAUGACCAGGCGAGAUAUCAAUCCUUUUGGGGCUAACCCUAUGAAAAUGGUGGCUGAGAUGUCAAGAUCAUUGCAAGCAAUGAAGACUCUGCUUCAAGCCUUAAACAUAGGCAACCAGGUGAUCAACAUUACUGAGAACGUUGCUUUCAGUCGAGAGUGUACCAGAGCACUGGUGAAGAUGGAGUACUGCUCGCACUGUCAAGGCCUGACCCUCAUCAAACCGUGUGUUGGGUACUGCCUGAAUGUCAUGAGGGGCUGUCUGGCAAACGCUGCUGAUAUCGAUCCCCACUGGCGGGAGUACAUCUUGACACUGGACGAACUGACCAGCAUCAUCACGUCAUCGCAUGGUGUAGAGCAGACAUUGCUUGGAGUGGGGACUCUGGUUAAUGAAGCUAUUUUGCACGCCCAGCUGAAUGGACCACAAAUAUCAACCACAGUGAGUAAAGUGUGUGGGCAGCCCCAAGAGAGAGCAACAGCUGUCUUGCCAACCAGUCUGCUACGAGCUCAAGUCGUGCCCGACUCCAGACCCCAGGCUGUGAGCCAGUUUGGCAACAUGACACAAAGAAGAAGCUCCCUGCCUCUGAAAGAAGUGAAAGCCGAUAGGCCUAGGACUAUGAAAAAAAAUACCAGAGAUUUCAUGAAUUACAUUCGCCGGUUCAGGACCUUUUACACGCUGCUGGCUGAGCAGAUCUGCGAUGGUGACCUGUUGCCUCCGCACAGCUCAACCUGCUGGAAUGGAGAAGAUGUUGUUGAAAGCUACACAAACAGGGUCGUCGGUAAUGGACUUAAAGCACAGGCCAAUAACCCAGAAGUGAAAGUCAGAGGACCGGAUCCUGUGAUCAAGCAACUCAUCAGCAAGCUGUUGUACGUCAAUAAGAUGCUGCACAGUAAAACAUCCAGGCACCCGGAACAAUGGUCAUCCAAAGAAGUUGGCAGUGGUCAGGGCGAGGAUUUGGAAAGCAGUGGCGACUGUGACGACGAGGAUGGCUGCACAGGAUCUGGGAGUGGCGAAUCCGGAGGCAAGAACCGCAGGAAGAACACAUAUGUGACAAAAGAGCCUUGGGUGAUUGACAGAAUUGUCCCAGACAUUCUGAAAGGAGAAAAGAUGGAUUCCUCAACCAGCACCGUCUCCACCACUCCAAGAGAGGCAAGAAACCCAAUUCAAGGGACUGCGUCCAGUUUCUUCAUCCCAUCAUCUGCCACAAUGCUCAUAACACUAGUACUGCUGUGUCCUUGGCUGUUCCAGUUGUGAUACAUUGUGGGUUCAUUCACCCAGCUUUACAUGUACAGUGUUACAGUUCCAUGCGGCCACAUACAGCUUUUUGUUGGAGGCAGAGCAACACAUUAGAUCUUGUAAUAUAGUUGAAAGCUGCAAUAUACUAUAGGAAUAUACCACCCUAGAAGGUUUGCUAAAGCAAGACAUAGCUAACGCGCAACAUACGUCAAGUGGAAAAAAAAUGUAUAUGAAUUGUGAAAAAAGGUAGAUUUAGGGAUUAAAUGAAUAGUGAUGUACAGGCUACUUGUACUUAAUCACUUUAAGAGCAAAUUCCACCAAGGUUCAAUCUGUAAGCUAAUUUUGUGGACAUCAGCUGAGUGGCAGUAGAUGGACUACAAUCUGUCUGAGUUAGGGAAGGUGGAAAUCAACUUGACUUCCCACUCCCGAUAGCCGUCCAAUGACCAUUUUCGGACAGUGUAUCUUGAAGUUAUCGGAUCAGGACUUGAUUGAUUAUGAUGCCUUACACUGUUAUCAACUCUUCCUAUCUGGGCUCACACAUUAGGAAUUUGUACCUGACUAGGUACUGCAGGCAGCUAGUGCUGAUGGAACCUUAUCCCAGCAAGAGUUAGUGCCUUACGAAGAAAAAUUGGGAGGGGAGAGUAAAGUUUGCUUAAUUUAACCCUUAUAUUCUCCCAUUUAGAGUAUUUCUAAGGCACUGCUUUUCUGUACAGUAUAAGCCACUGAGCUAUUCAGCAAUGUUUCGACUAUAUUAAGUGGAGCACUUUAUUGUUCAUAGUCUGCCCCCAAUAAUCAUUUAUACAACUGCUGAACUUUUCUUCAGUUGUUUUAUUUGGGAGGAUCUGUUUUUACCCUAGUCUUAAAAUGAAAGAUUACAUGAUAAGGAACAGAGCCGUACAGAUCCUUAUGUUUCCAAUUUUGACCACUAGUCUGUGCUGAGUUUGCCAGUCUCUACUAGGGUGGCAGGAGGGAUGCUUCAACUUUUUAGUACUUCUGUAUUUGGGAAGGGAAAAUUCAAUCGGAGGUCCUGCUCCUGGUGACCCCAUCUGAAAAGUGUGCAUGUAGACUUUGGGUGAGAAUAGCAUCCCAUUUCACUCUGAUGUCUUCUGUGGUCAAACAAAUAGCCUGCCUUCAGCACUCGUGAAGUAUGCGUCUAGAUAAGGAUUGUUCACUUGGGCGAGAUGGGGAGGUGUUGAUAAACACCACCACAACAACAACAACAACAAAAUUACAUUUGUAAAGCGCCUUUCACAUUGGGAGGAUGCUAACAGUACUUGAGGAACUGUAUCCUAGUGACAGAGACUCCUGAAGGGAAAGCAACUACUAAACACAGUUUCCCUCUUUUCACAUUAAUUUGGGGAUCAAGCAAUAAGUUUAAUUAAAGUUUUAUUUCAAAGCAA